CCUAUUAUUCAAAAUACGCAGUGACUUAAACAUUUAAUUAUAACAUGGCGCAGUCGUAACUAAAGAAUACUACGUGAUCAAAAGAAGCAGAAGUACAUUUAAAAAAAAAAAAACAAUUUUUUUUGUGGUAACCCAAUAAAACGUGUUCCUAAUUAUUAUAAUUCACAAAACAAAAUAAAAUUUAAUUCAAAAAACCAGCACCGUUAAAAAUGACUGGAAACUUACCACAGAACUUCAAGUUCUUUAAGCAACAAAUUGAGAUUUAUAUAACUGCUACGGAAACAGAUACCAAAUCAAAAAGAGUUCAAGUUAUUUAUUUCUUAUUAUCAUUAUGUUAUCUAUCUUAUUCUAGACCUUUAUUUAAUUUAUUCAUAUGUAAAAAAAAAAAAAAAAAUGUUUAUAUAUCUUGUAUCUGUAUCUUGUACACUCCAUGUAAAUUUUGUAAAAGCCGACUGGCGUUAAUUCUAAUAAAAUAAAUAAAAUAAAUAAUAAAAUAAGUAGCCCGUUUACUGAAUCUCGUGGGAGCGAAUGCAUUAAAGGUAUAUAAUACCUUAAUUACUGACAAAGAAAAAGAUACUGAUGUAUAAGGAAUAUUGGAGAAAUUAGAAAAAUACUGUUCACCAAGAGUAAAUGAAAUAAUGGCACACUACAAGUUCUUUACUGCCAAACAAAAUGAAGAUCCCUUUGAUGUGUAUUUAACGCAUCUUAAAGAGUUGGUAAAACCUUGUAAUUUUGGUACAAUGGAACCCAAACUACUCAAAACUCAAAUAGUGUUGGGAAUACAAAGUCGUGACACAUUGGAACGGUUAUCAAGAGAAGAUAUGACAAUCGACAAGGUAAUAACGUUUUGUCAAUCUGUUGAAGCUGCAGAAAAGAAUUGUAAUGAACUGGAGAAAACAACUGAAGUGAAUCAAAUCAAAACAACAAAAACGACCAUCGACAACUGUACCAGUAUGUGUAAAACAAAAGAAGACUCUGCUCGAAAAACUAAUAAGGUAAAAAAGAAGUUUAAUAACAAAGUAAGUAAAAAGUCUUCUUACAAGCGAAAUAUAAUUAAUACAGUAAAAAAUGAAUCUGAUAGUGAUAAUUAAGACUGAUGUAAAAUUUAUCAUAUUAGAUAGGUAAAAUAAAUUGUGUCCCAAUAUUAG